AUGUCACUUUCUGGAAAAGUUGUUCUACUUACUGGUGCCUCGAUGGGAAUUGGAGAAGCAAUUGCCUCCUCCUUGGUUGAAGCUGGUGCCAAUUUGAUUCUAUUUUCACGCUCUGAACUCAAAGAAAGACUGUCCACCAACUCCAAUGUGAAAAUCAUAUAUCGGACCGUGGAUGUCGGCGACUUCCAUAGCGUCGACAAAGCAGUUGCAUCUUCAGCUAAGGAAAUGGGAGAAAUUGAUAUUCUAAUCAACAAUGUAAUAUCCUACCCCUCUCACCAAAAGAACUUCAAUCUUAAUGCUAAUAAAAAUCAGGCUGGCCUAGCCCUCGGUGCGCCAAAGUCCUUUCACGAGCUGACCCCAUCUCAAAUCAUGACUAUGAACAACACCAACAUCAAUGGAUACAUGUUUAUGUCACAUGCCGUCUUGAAUCACUCCAUGCUCCACAAAAAAGAAGGAACCAUCCUGAACGUAACAUCUAUCACGGGUUUAGAAGUCCCGCCUUUCCCAGGCGAAGCAGUUUAUCACGCAAAUAAAGCUUGUCAGGAAGCUUUCACAAACUCAUUGCGCAAUGAGCUGAGUGGUUCCAAUAUUCGGGUGCUUGCUCUUCGGCCGGGAUGCGUUGCUACGAAUUUUCACUCCCUUCGCGCUGCUGUUUACAUGCUUCAGCUACCUAUCAAUGUUUCAAUUAAGGCACUUGAUAUUGUUCCAUCCGCGCAACGAUCGCUUAGCGUCUUCGACAGGAUGUGGAACGAGCGGCAGACAUGA